AUGGCCGGGGCGGCGCGGACCGUGCUCAUCUCCGGCUGCUCCUCGGGCCUAGGCCUGGAGCUGGCCGUGCAGCUGGCCCUGGACCCGAGGCAGCGCUACCGGGUGGUGGCCACCAUGAGAGACCUGGGAAAGAAGGGCAUGCUGGAGGACGCUGCUGGGGAGACUCUGGGGAAGACCCUCACCGUGGCCCAGCUGGAUGUGUGCAGCGAUGAGUCAGUGGCCCAGUGUCUCAGCGGCAUCCAGGGAGGGGACGUGGACGUGCUGGUGAAUAACGCUGGAGUGGGUCUGGUGGGUCCCCUGGAGGGGCUCAGCAUAGCUGACAUGAAGAACGUCUUUGAGACCAACUUUUUCGGGGCUGUGCGUCUGGUCAAAGCUGUGCUUCCUGGCAUGAAGCGACGGCAACAGGGCCACAUCGUGGUGGUCAGCAGUGUCAUGGGACUGCAGGGUGUCGUGUUCAACGACAUCUACGCUGCCUCCAAGUUUGCCGUAGAGGGCUUCUGCGAGAGUCUGGCCAUCCAGCUGCUGCAGUUCAACAUCUUCGUCUCCCUGGUGGAGCCGGGCCCUGUGGCCACCGACUUUGAGGGGAAGCUUCUGGAGCAAGUGGCCAGGGCAGACUUCCCAGGCACUGACUCGGCCACCCUGAGCUACUUCCACGACCUCUACCUCCCCGCCUCCCGCGAGCUCUUCCGAUCCGUGGGACAAAGCCCGCAGGCGGUGGCGAAGGCCAUCGUCAAGGUCAUCGGCGCCGCCAGACCACCCCUGCGCCGCCAGACCAACGCCCGCUACUCCCCGCUGACGGCGCUCAAAGCCGCUGACCCCUCGGGCCGCCUGUACGUGCGAACCUCUCACCGCCUGCUCUUCCGCUGGCCGCGCCUGCUCCACCUCGGCCUGCAGUGCUUGGCCUGCGGCUGCCCGCGGGGCCGGGUGGGGCCCGGGGAGCAGCCGUAG